AUGGAGGAGUCAUCUGAUGUUGUACAAGUCAUAGUUAGACCUGAUGAUCCUCCCUUAUCACAAGACGUUAUUGUUUCAUCAUCUUCUUAUUGUUCUUCAUCAUCAGCUUCAAGAAUUACUGAAAACUCACUGUUACCUGCAGUGCACUUUGUCACCAGGACUGACUUUGCAGACUGUCACAUGACUUCUGGUAUGAACAGACCUCUGCAGCUCCCUGUGGACAAUAGGAGAGAGAGUUGGACACAAGGGGAGUCUGCUGUUGACAAUAUGACUACUGUGUUCAGUCCUACUGUUCCUCUUUCACAAGAUGUUUUCACUCCAUCAACCUCUUUGGUGUCAUCCAGUUCUUUGGCUUCUUUAUCAAGAGUUGUUGAUAACCCUCGGCUAUCCUAUACAAAUGUUUUCACCAGGCCUGAUUUCACAGGUUCACAUGUUAUAGCUGGUAUGAACAUACCACCACAACUACCUAUGGAUGACAGACAGGCAAGUCAUGGUGUUCCCUUGGUGCAGGACAACUCAAUUGCAUCAGCUUGUUUUUCAACCAGUAGCCCCUCUUCAACUUUGUCAAGAGUUAAUGAUUAUUCUCAGUCACUUCCCAUGGGCUUUAUCCCAAGAGUUGACUUCAGGGACACUUACUUGACAUCUGGUGUUAACAUAUCACCACAGCUACCUAUGGACAACAGGAGGGAGAGUCAGACAACAGGGGAGUUAACUGUCAACACUUCAACUGCAAUAUUCAGACCUUUGAAUGUACCUGCAAUGUCAGCUUUUCGAUCAUCGCGAGCAUCAAGUACUCCAGCGCAAUCAACACGCCCAAUGCCUAGAGGGUCUGCAGUUUCUUUACCUGCAAAUGGGGCUUGUUAUUCAAAUUUUCUUUUGCCCAGACCUUUGCCAUUAUGUGCAGUCCAAACUGACUCAAGGAGUGUUUCAAUGUCAGUAGUGAAACAAGGCACACCAACAGAUGAUGAACUGGAGAAAUUAGGCAAAGAAAUUGCUGAAAAGUGGAUGAAGCUUGGGCGUCGCCUAGGAGUCGAGGAGCCAGAACUACAGGAUAUAGAACAAAGACACAGGCAGCUGUGUGAGAGAGGAUACCACAUGUUAAUGGACUGGAAACAUAAGGAUGGUUCUGCAGCAACUUAUCAAAUUUUGAAUGCUGCAUUACAGCAUGAACUCGUGCAGCGCAAAGACUUAGCAGAACAAAUCUGUUACAAUCACGACAUACCAGACACACCCAGAAAUCAUUUUGAUGUGAAAGUUUGCCGGCGUAAACUUGCAGAGCAUUAUAAAAGAACCGCCAAGGUGCCCACUUCUGUGUGGUCCAAAAAAUGCCCCGUGAAUAUUAACGAAAUCUACACUCGAUUAAACUGGGUUAAAGAGGAGCAAACCCCAGGUGGGCCAUCACCGGCUCUGCUGAAUCACUACACUGAUAUGUUCGCUGAAAACAAUAACGGAUUGCCAUCAAACAGGAUACUCGUGCAAGGGGAGACGGGAAUCGGGAAGACCACGUUUGUGAAGAAACUGGCUAUGGACUGGGCUGAACUUGAUGACGAGAAGAUGACAGAUAAACAGAAAGAGAUCCUGAAGAAGUUCGAACUUGCAGUUAUCAUUGAUCUGAAAAAAGUAUCUAAACUCCAAAGCCUCAGAGAUAUCAUAAGUGCCUCUCACAUUUUUGCCAAGGAGGACACAGCCAUGAAGGACGGCUUGCUGAGUUACAUCACCCAGAACCAAGACAAAGUUCUCCUGGUUUUUGAUGGAUACGACGAGUAUCACUGUGGAACCAACUCUGAAAUCUUUGAGAUAUUCAGAGGAAUUCAGCUAAGGAACUGUUGUGUGUUGAUAACAACUCGAAUUUCCAAAGCUGACGAGCUCAAACAAUUCAAGGACGUGGAUACUAAGAUCAUUGGGUUCAGUGAAGAGGACAGAAUGGAUUUCAUGGUGAGAAAACUUGAUAGCGAAAAGGAAGCAAUGUCUUUAAAAAUGCGCCUUUGGUUUCUUGGUUUGGAGGAUUUAGCAAGAGUUCCGUUGCUUCUCCUUUUUUUUUGCACUCUGUGGAAAAAGGAAAAGUUCACGAUGAAUAGUGACUCCAUAACAAAAUUGUACGAAGCGAUCGUCCAGUACGUUUUGGAUCAUGAUGAAGGGAAAUGUUCACCUGCUAACUUUUCCAAAGUUGAAGACUUCAAAGAGAUCUUGACUGAUAUCGGGAAGGUGGCUUUAGAAUGUCUUUUGAAGGACGAUCAUGUAUUCGAUUAUGAUCAACUGUCUGCUGCCAUCCUUCGUGAACAAAGUCGUGUUAUCGGCUUACUUCAAGUCAGUGAGUACACUGAAAAUCUUCGACCAGCAGGGGUGGUAUCGUUUAUUCACAAGAGCAUACAAGAGUUCUUAGCAGCGUGGUUUAUUACCUACAGAUGUGUCCCUGAAGGAAAUCUCGGUGAAAUUAUUGACCGCACCCGAACUUUGGACGACUUUAGAUCCUUAGAAAAUGUUUUUCGAUUUGUUUGCGGUUUAUCUGAUAAUGGAGCAGUGAAAGUUUUUGAACAUUUGAAAUCGGUUAGAAUUUCUGACCCAGAACUGGAUUUGUCAAAAACCAUACUGUGUGACAUUACAUGGAAGCGCCAGUGUUUUAUUACUUUAGUUAAUAAUUUAUUUGGUCAAGUUCAAUCCAAAACUGAAUUUCUAAGACAUUAUUUCAGCUGCACUGAUGGCAUUAUCUUUGUUCAGGGAGGAUCAGUUAAUAAGAUUGUACCCGAACGGAGAAAUUUAAAUGGAAUUACUCUUAAUGGUGUGGUUUGGGGUGGAUACAUGAGUUUAGAUUCUGUUAAAUUGAACGAAUUGUACGAGUCGAUCGAUUUUCUCGAUUGUUUGCACGUUCCCCUCAGGAUGACUGAGAAUUCAGGAGAAAUUGGGGAAUUUUUAAGAAAGUUUUAUGCAGUCAAAUGUGCUGCGAGAUUUUUGGAGUGUGGUUUCACUUGCAUUCUUCAUUACCGUAAUGGCCAGGCGUUUUUUUACAUCACUCGUUUGAAUCUGUGUUGUGAUGACCAUGUUGGAGUAUUGUAUGACAUGUGUAUGACUUCUACUCCAUCUCACUCAACAAGUUCGUCAACUAAGGAAUUUUGUAUGAAAUUUCUAAGUUUUGUUAACAUUUCUGUACCUGUCGAGGAACAGACAGUGAAAUGUCUUGUUACCAUUUUUAGGGAUUGUAAGAAUUUAAAAAACAUUUCAUUAAGUCAUGUAACUAAAAGCACUUGUGAACUUCUUGAAUAUUUACCAAUUCCCCGUACGUGUGGGGUGAAGUUUUUUGAUUCCACAGCAUUUCCUCUUUUCAGCGAGUCGUUACCGACGUCCGCCGACGUAAUGAAGCUCGCUGGUUUGCUGCCACAGAUCAACAACCUCAUCAGCCUUCACCUUAACUUGAAUGACUGUUGUGCUGAAGCAGUAACCAAACUUGUUUUUAGUAUCACGCACAAGACCCUUCAGACACUGAAACUGCGUGGCAUAGCACUGACUCCAGACUCAGCCGCCGCCCUUGAUCGGUCAGUUUCUGAAAUGUCGUCCCUAUAUGAGCUCUUGAUAAUUGGACCGGAAAGAGAACCAUACGAGAUUGAGGCACCAUCUCCGACUUUAACAUCGUUUAAAUCCUCCCAUUUUGGCACUGGAAGUGGUUAGUCUUUUGUCCUGUUAAGCAAAGAUAAUUUUCACGCGUAUAAAUCUGAACGAAAGGGAUCCAAGUGACUUAUAAAUCUACCGUUGGAGAAUUUGAAAUUCAUUUCGAAUCUGAAGGAGUUGUCGCCACCUGAAAAUCCACUGGGUGACGAGCACUCGGUUCACUCUAUAGUGGAAAAACAACUGCCUCAAGUUAAGUUUUCUUAUUACCAAUACUUAGUUCAAGUUCAUUAACUCAAGUGAAGGACUCAGUCAUGCGCACUAACAAAAGGAAUAUUUGUCCUGAUUGUCACGUCACUCUUGGUGCUUCGUACAUUGCCGAACAUCAUAGAAUAUCAAUUGAUAAUAACAAGCGAUGGAAAUUGUCACCAGUUUACUUGUUGAAUGACUCUAGGUUAUGCUUUAUCUUAGGUUAGAAUCAAGAACUGUAAUGUUUUGAU